GCGAUCCAGCUCAGAAUUUUAUUUUUUUUUUAUGAACAGACAUAAUAAAUAUAGAAAAAAAAAAGUCUAUGAUUCAUAGUUGUCUUCAAUGAAAUGUACUGAAUUGACAUGUUGGGAGGAACCACAACAAACACAUCCACUAUCAGUCACACAAAUGGAUGCUGGAAGCAGGAAGGUAUUGGGAAAUCCCUCCGGUCAGGAGAAUAUAUAAUGGCAGCGUGAUGUGAAGACAAGACAAGUUCCACGAGAGCAGGCGGUCAACGCAAGAGCAAAAUCAAGUCAACCAACAGUGCUUCAUGUCCUCUGAAAUGUUCACGCACGUCCUCGCUUUGGGCUUGCUGGCGUCGCUGGCGCUGCGUGUCGCCGGAGCUCCGCUUCCAGAAGCAUCCGCUGUCCUGCCAGGUGACACCUCAGGUGAGGUGGAGACGGACCCCUCCGACCUGUUGACCUCUUCCCCAGUUUGGGACUCCAUUUUGGGUGCCGCCAAAGACCACCAGAAAGCUUUUGAUGAGGAAUUUCAAAACAAUGUCAAGUAUCAUUUACUGGAUGACUACAACCUAUCCCAGCUUCCAGAAAACUGCCCCAGCUCCAACUUCAGCAAGGAGUCUUGCCUCCAGAGGCUGGCCCAAGGUCUGACCAGGUACACGAGUCUUCUGAAAUACGUGGAGAAGGUCUACCCCGACAGUAGAAAUCUGUCUGAGACCAAACUCUACAUCAGACUCUUGCUAAGGCUCAUCAAACAAAAGAUGAAAAAGACAGACGAGGUCACAAGCGUGAGCAGCAGCCAAGAGGAGAGCCUACUGGGGUCAAUCGACAACCAGGACGCUUUCCAGAGAAAAAUGACGGCGCACAGCAUCCUGCGGCAGCUCUACAUCUUCCUGGUUGACGGCAAGCGAGCUCUGCGCCGGAAAGACAGACAGAGGGGAAGAGCCCCCGAGGUCCAUCAUCCAUUACAGUAGUCACAUCCGCAAUGAAGGCACUCUCUGGAAAGUUGGGCAAAACGUGUCAAUUUAGGGGAAGUUAUUGUUGUAUGUGCAAUGAGGUGUCGCAAUCCACUGACGGAAUGAUGUAUUUAUGAGUUCUGUUCAUGACG